UAUGAUCUGGGCUAAAGAGGCUAUUUUUGCGCCCCUGGAGUUUCCUCACGUUCUUAAGCCUCCUUGUGUCCCCAGAGAACUGGCUUUUGCAGCAAGUGUCUUUUACCAGAGGGAGAGACAGGCAGCCCGUCGUCACUGUGGGGGCCCAGGAGCAGCGCUGUGGCCCCUCCGCAGGGCGCUGGUGAAGGCGAGAACUGACCGUCGUCUUCACAAGGCCCUACCCUUGCCCAUGUAGAAUGGACACACUGGGGCAACUUCUGCCACUUGUGUUUCUGUUCCCAUCCUCUGCUGUCCGAGCCAUGGCCUCUACCUUUCCCGGGUUACAAGAGAGUUUCCAGACCAGGAGAAAGAGCGGGAGAUCCUGUUUCCUCAGCCGGGACCAUGGAGAUCGUGUACGUGUAUGUCAAGAAGCGAAGCGAGUUCGGGAAGCAAUGCAACUUCUCCGACCGCCAGGCCGAGCUGAACAUCAACAUCCCGCCCAACCCGGAGCUGGCCGAGCAGUUCGUGGAGCGGAACCCCGUGGACACGGGCAUCCAGUGCUCCACCAGCAUGUCAGAACACGAGGUCAACACAGAGCGGUUUGAGAUGGAGUCCCGGGGGAUUAACCACGUGGAGGGGGGCUGGCCCAAGGAUGUGAACCCCCUGGAGCUGGAGCAGACGAUCCGGUUCCGGAAGAAGGUGGAGAAGGACGAGAACUACAUCAACGCCAUCACGCAGCUUGGCUCGAUCAUGGAGCACUGCAUCAAGCAGAAUAAUGCCAUUGACAUCUACCAGGAGUAUUUUGAUGACGAGGAUGCGGUGGAGGUGACAGAUGAGGCCCCUUCAGCUAAAACCAUCAAUGUUUUAAGGGAUCCCCAGGAAAUCAAGCGGUCAGCCACGCACCUCUCCUGGCACCCUGAUGGCAACAGAAAGUUGGCAGUGGCAUAUUCUUGCUUGAAUUUUCAACGUGCGCCCGAGGGCAUGAGCCAUGAAUCGUACAUCUGGGACCUGGAAAAUCCCAACAAGCCUGAAAUCGUCCUGAAGCCAUCGUCACCUCUUGUCACCUUGGAGUACAACCCCAAAGAUUCCCACGUGCUUCUGGGAGGCUGCUACAACGGGCAGCUGGCCUGUUGGGACACCCGGAAGGGCAGCCUGGUGGCGGAGCUGUCCACUAUUGAGUUCAGCCAUCGAGACCCCGUGUACGGCAGCAUCUGGCUACAGUCGAAGACGGGCACUGAGUGCUUCUCAGCAUCCACGGACGGGCAGGUCAUGUGGUGGGAUAUCCGAAAGAUGAGCGAGCCCACCGAGGUGGUGAUCCUGGACAUUGCCAGAAAGGAGCAGUUGGAGAAUGCCUUGGGGGCUAUCUCCCUGGAGUUCGAGCCUACUUUGCCAACCAAGUUCAUGGUGGGCACCGAGCAGGGCAUUGUCAUCUCCUGCAACCGCAAGGCCAAAACGUCAGCCGAGAAGAUUGUGUGCACCUUCUCAGGCCACCAUGGCCCCAUCUAUGCCCUCCAGAGAAAUCCAUUCUACCCUAAGAACUUCCUGACUGUCGGCGACUGGACCGCCCGCAUCUGGUCAGAAGACAGCCGGGAGUCGUCCAUCAUGUGGACCAAGUACCACAUGGCUUACCUCACCGAUGGCGCCUGGAGCCCAGUGAGGCCGGCGGUUUUCUUCACCACCAGAAUGGACGGGACCCUGGACAUCUGGGACUUCGUGUUCAAGCAGUGUGACCCUGCCCUCAGCCUCAAGGUGUGCGACGAGGCCCUCUUCUGCCUCCGGGUGCAGGACAACGGAUGCUUCAUCGCCUGCGGCUCCCAGCUGGGGACGACCACGCUGCUGGAGGUCUCGAAUGGGCUGUGCACCCUCCAGAAGAACGAGAAGAACACGGCUUCUUUGAUAUUUGAGCGGGAGACCCGGCGGGAGAAGAUUCUGGAGGCGAGGCACCGGGAGAUGCGGCUGAAGGAGAAAGGCAAGGCAGAGGGCAGGGAUGACUCCCUGAGAGAGGAGGAGCCUACCUUCCACCUGGAGGAGCUGGUCACCAAGGCCGAGGAUGAGUUCUUCAACAUCAUCUACUCAGAGCUGAAGAAGAAAGAGACGGAAGCCAUGAAGAAGACAAAGCCUAAACAGCCGGGUCUGGAGGCAGAUGAAGAGGUGGAAGGAGAGGACCUUGGUGAGGAAGAAAGCGACGGUGCCCAGGCUCCGACCUAGAAGGGGCAGGCCAGCCUUGCCCACGGCCCCUCUCGCGCCGCACCUCCGUCUCCCAUCCCCUGGCACCGCCCUGGCUUUGCACG